AGUGUGAUAAGUGUUAUCUGACAAUGACCAUCCUUCACAGCAGUUCCGGUCGGCCAUAUUGUUCAACGGACGCCAAAGUCCAGGCGGUGUUGCCUCAGCUUUCGGAAAUACGAUUAGCUGCAUUAACGAAACAACUCUCCAGAAACCGGAAACAACUAUAUCUAACACAAGGUAAUCUGGAAACCGAGCUUGGCAAAACAAAACAACAUCUUGUCAGAGAACAUAAAUUAUCAGAGGACACACAUUCACAUAUUUCAGGUCCGUUUAAAAAGUCACUGUUUCACGUGAGGGGUGUUCAAAAAUGUUUAGAAAGACGUAAAACGGAACUAAUUUUAGAUAACGCCGGUGACAGAUACGGUCAAUAUGGUGGUCUAGAAGUAAAGUCGUUGAAAAAAGAAAUUGAUAGUAUUAUGAAAGACCAUAGUUACCAAAACAUGAAAAUGAGAGAAUGUAAACGCAUUCUAGCCGAAAGCAAAGCAGAUGGUAGAAUUAUGAACAUAAAUCUAUGUCUACCUGUCUUAGAUGCCAUUCUUAAUAGACCGAGCAUGCCGAUUCGGAGGGAACGUGCACUUGGAUUUGAUUCAGUUCCGUCGACUGCUGAAUCUGCAAGAGUGCAUAGAACAUCAUUUAAACUUCCGCCUGUGACUGCUUCUAGAUUAUUUACACCGGCUAAAAGAACAAGAGACGUGCAGGAAGUUCCAGUCUUUGUUGGUGUGGAUAGAGCUAACACAGUUAUAUAGUCAGAUUUUAGCAGCGUACCUGAAUACUGCAAUAACCUGUAAACACUUGUGCGAAUGGCUUUGUGUAAAAUUACGUAUUUAGGUCAUAUUGGUGACACAUACCAUAUUUGGAAUCUAAAUAAUUGAAAGACACAACGGCAUGUUCAUCAAUAUCAGAAAUAAGUCUGCUAAGAGGCUAGUAUAAUACGCCUGAUUCGGAAUUUGCGGAUACCAAAAUUUUUGAGUUUACGUUUUGGAUUUUCAAAAUAUAUUGAUAAGCUUAGAUGUAAAUACAUGUGAAAGAAAUUUGCAAAAUUAUUGCAACGUUCGAUAAAUGCAUAUCCUGUACAAUACUGUCGUGUGUGCAACCAUGCUGGAUUUUCAUAAACAAUACGAGCAGGUUAUACACUUGCGGAAUAAUUAUACACGCGUCGUAUAUUAAACAAUUUGUAUUGUUGAGAUACGU